GCCUACGUCUUUUGAUUCAGAAGUUGUCUACCCUUCUCUCUCCGUCCAUUCGAACUCGCAAAUGCACCGGUAGUAGUCGUGGUCUAUCGACGGUCGGCAUGCGAUCUCGAACUGGUUGCUUAACAUGUCGUUCUAGAAAGUUAAAGUGUGACGAGCAGUACCAGGCAGUGAGCGGUGGUGGUGAUGAUGGUGAUGGUAAGCAGAAACUGCAAUGUGCGCAAUGCCGCAAGGCGUCGAGGGAGUGUCGGCCCAGCGAAGGGAUUGUUUUUCGGCAUCAGCAGAAUGCGUCUAUGAACAACAAUAUCACGGACGAAAAGUCUGGUCGAGGUUCUUUGGGGGGUUUUUAUAAUUACAAGAACACAUUUGGUGCGGACAGUGUGUGGGUUGACAUUCCCAAGAACGGUACGGGACUAUUUCUUUUGGGACUGAGGAUCUUAUUGACAGUGGAUGGUGCAGUCAUCUUCGUGGAUAGUACAGACCCGCAAGCAGCAGAAGAAUUGGAAGCUUCCAUUCUGGCAAAUGAUUCUAGUAAGCACGAUGCGCUUACCCAUGAAUGGUACCACCAAACCUCAACGUCGACACCCAACGAUACUGCACUGGGUCUGAACGCAUUGUCGACUGCUGCUGCUGCGCAGAAUUCAUACAUUUUUCCGUCUGCAGCAUCUCCUGGAACCCCUGGUCUACGACUGACCAGUAUUAAUGACUUGGGAGUUCCCUUGACGUCGACAACGCCUCAUUCACCAAAUAAAGCACCAAACACCUUGACUCCGACUUCGCCUCCGAUAUCCAUCACUUCUUUGUCUAAUAAUAAUAAUAAUAAUAUUAACUUUCUGCUCAAUCCGUCAAAUUCUGGCUCGCCGUCCGUUGACUCUAGUUUGUCGACAACACUUGGGCGCCGGAGAGAGUCCUCAUCAUAUCAGUCAGUGACGGCGAGACAUCGAAGUGCCCUCUCAAAUGUGCGACUUGAUGCAAAGGUCGAGACUGACCACGAAGUCGCUUUUCUGUUGAGACAUUUUGCCGAGAAUCCGGGCUACUGGAUGGAUCUGUUCGAUCUCGACUUCUACUUUUCCUCACUAGUUCCCGUAAAAGCUCUAUCAAACCCACUUCUAAAGUAUGCCGCAUGCGCCUAUGCUGCCAAACAACUCAACCGAGUACGAGGUGCCAAAGCAAUCAUGGGCGGCAAUUGCUCCAAACAAGCCUCAAUGGAAUUGUGGCCUGACGCAGCAAAUGUGGAUUGGGGAUGGUACGGUGCCAAAUAUUACGACAAGGCCAUUCAACUUCUCAUGAGGGAGUUACAACAUGACGCUGGAAGUCCAGCACCUUUUAGCACUCCCGAAGCAUUUGGUCAAUGGCAAGCAGCUGAGCUAUGUGACAAUGCAGGACCUUCUCGGAAACGAAGGAGGCGCUUUUCGAACAGCCGCUUUUCCAGUUCUCAUUCGGACGAGGUUUUGGCGGCAACGGCGAUUCUUUCUGUAUAUGAAUUUUUAGAUGCGACAGGUCCCGCGUGGAAUGGACAUUUGAGCGGGGUGAAAUCGCUUCUUGAUAUUGCAGAAAUCGGCAUGAUGCCAUUAGAACAAGAGUCUUCGUCGACAGAGGGUAUCCUACCGCGGAAGAGGCCAGGUUUGUCGCGCGCUCGGAAGGCUACGUUUUGGAAUUUCGCUCGACAGGAUUAUAUAUCUGCUUUUAUCAAUGAAGGUCAAACAAGGUUGAACCCAGAAGACUUCCUCCUUUGGACCGACGCUGGAUUGCACCUCGAUAGUAACGGGUUCGUUAUGCCGAGCAACACCGACGCGGAAAGUACAAUGAAAGAAGACAUGAUUUCGAAUGCAUUGAUAUGGCUUCUAUCGAAAAUAGUCAAUUUCAUUGACGCCGGUGACCAGAUUCAAUUAUCUCCAGCAGGCGGUACAAAUGAACAAGGACCUAUAGGGAUUUCGCAAAACACCUUGCUUGAACGCUGGUAUAGGCUACACAGUGAAUUGGAUGCAUGGUAUAGGGGACUCCCAGACACAUUUCAGCCAUGUGCGAGACUUGAACCGGCUCGGAGGCCGCAUAUGAGAGCUGGUAUCGAUGAUGACUGUCCUUUCGCUGAAGUGUGGUAUAGUAUGCCCAUGUGCGCGUCUACUAUGCAGCACUACCACAUGGCUCGAAUCAUCUUGCUUAUCAACAAACCUCAUGAAUCCACGGCUCGUCGAACAACAGUCACGAAUCGACUAAAGUCGUAUCGAUCAAUUGAGAGCGAGAUUCGGCAACAUAGUUAUGAGAUAUGUAAUAUAUCCAUGUCCCGUAUGGAUGCCUCGUCAAGGAUUCACUCCCUACAACCGCUGUUUGUCACGGGGCAGUGUCUCACGGAGCCGCGAGAACGAAGGACUAUUCUGAGUUUGUUGAGAGGUAUAGAGGCGGACACAGGAUGGGCAACGGAGUACCGGGUGAAGCAGCUGUUGAAGGAGUGGGAGUGGGAUGAAGCAGCCACCAUGUCUUAGCUCAUGACACUUCCGAUAUAUCGUCGUCAUUAGGAUUCUAGGUGGAAGAAUCAGCUUUUGUGUUGUUUGGAUAAUUGCGCAAUACCAACCUACACUAGAGAAAAGUCCUGUGCUGAGGUAGGUAGGGUUGGUAACCGGCGAGCUCGACGUGGCUGAAGUCAUUUGUCCAAAACGUACAGCCGAUAGACCUGUAUAGAUUCUUCUGAUUAACAUAACCUGUCCAGCCGCAAGCGACGGAGAACCGCUCCACCUUUCUUUCCGCCUUUCGCUUCAAAUUUCUGUACAUAUUUUCAAUUCAAAUCAAGGGGGAAAAAAUUA